CAUAAUUGAAAUGCAAAGCUAGCGAAUUGGUUUACUGUCGCUACGAGGAUAACUUUAUCAAACUUUGCCUGGAUUAGCUCAUAAAAUCAAAUAUUUUGAGUUAUCUUUGUGGAGGACAGUGCCCCACUCUAGUACCUCAUUAUGGUAGUGGUGUUUCUUGUUUCGUUAGCGGUGUGUUUAUCGACGUCUCUUGCAUCCUUCUCAAUUCCAAGUGAUGUCUACAUUUCAUUCUUUUCCUCCAACAUGGCGUCUCAACAGAAGCAGGCUGUCUUAUCUGCCAUCAACCAAGUCAAUCUCGAUUCUUCUCUCCUUCCCAGCACAACACUGCAUCUGGCCGACACAACAUCUCCUCGCCAAAACCCCUUCAGUGUGGCUUGGAAUAUUUCCCAAUACAAGAUAUCUUCCUUGAUUAUGGACUCUAAACCCACGGAAUCCCAUGAUGCUUUGAGCUUUAUGCUUCAGACUCCGUUGCUAAGCACCCGUCCAUCAAGAGCAACACCUCUAAACCAAUCAUUUAGUGGUUAUGGUGUUAAUAUGGUGUCCAGUUCCCACACCGCCAUGAUUGAUUUGAUAACCAAGUAUUUGUGGACAAAUAUAAUGGUUCUUUACGAUGUUCAGUGGCGAGAUGACGCUUCUCUUUUCGUGUCCAGUCUCCCCUCCAACGUCCAUUGCCAUGUGUUAGAAAUGGUUUUGGAUCAAACUGGAAUUCUGAACGAAACCACUGGAAAUAAACUCGGCUCUCUGUCUAUGGAUUCUGCAGAAGCUAUAGCGCUGUUCUCUGAUGCUUCUCUAGUGCAGAGGAUUAUAAGUAAGGUCCAUCCAUUACUGUCGAUUAAGAAACACAGGUCCCAUCGGUGGUUGCUGGCCGACCCUAUCACUUCCUUUGAGCUUACGACAGAGCUUUCUCAGAUCGUUAUUGGAUUUGCACCGCGUGUUGUCGUAAAUCCAAAAACAACAGCGCUAAUGGCAGCAUUAUCCACCAAUAUCUCUACUACCAGGUUUUCAUCCUUCCUGGUUUUUGAUGCGGUAGUGUCCUAUGCUCAUGCACUCCACAACAUGCUCGUGGCCAACAGAUGGCAAACCCUGAGUACUGGAAGUAACAUAGUCAAAUUCCUAAAUGGACCUGAACUCUUGAACUACAUUAAAAAGGUGACUACUACAGGGGCGACUGGAGUGAUUCAGUUUGACAAUGGCGGUCACCGUAGAAAUGCAGUGGUAGACGUCAUGAACCUGAGAGGAGGGAUCUUUACAAAGAUAGGAGAAUGGAGCGAGACGGCAAAACUUACAAUGACGUCACCUCCCCAGAAAAACAAACCUUUCGUUACAGUUGUACCUUUGAGCCAGCUACAAAGAAAGUUAAAAAUAGCCCUCGUUGAGGAUCCUCCCUUCGUUAUGACUGAAGUUAAUAAGCAAACAAACACCAAGGAGUUUGUGGGGUUCAGCAUCGACCUGAUCAAGGGGAUUGCAGAUAUACUCAAAUUCCAGUACGAGUUUUAUUUGAGUCCUGAUGGUAAAUACAGCGGUACGAAUCCGGACGGUUCUUUAAGUGGAGUCAUUGGAGAAGUAUUUAAAGGGAAUGCAGACAUGUCUUCAAUGCCUCUGACCAUCAACUCAGAGCGACUGCAGUACAUGGGCUUCAGCAAACCAUUCAUGUACAUCUCUAUGGAUUUGGUCAUGCAAAGACCAACGGUCAAUGAUUUUGAUAUCACAGGUUUCAUGACUCCCUACACUAUCCUCGUGUGGGUCAUGACUCUUGUCACGUGGUUUGUCGUCACAGCUAUCUUGACGUUGGUCAAUUAUUUCAGCCCCUUUGGACAUCGCAUGUGUGAUGACGAACAGAACGGGGACGAGUUCAGUUGGUUUAACAGUCUCUGGUUCUGCCUCGCUUCCAUGUUACAACAGGGAGGAGAUGCCACACCCCGCAUGCUAUCAGGUCGUAUAGUCGUUGGAAGCUUCUGGUUUUGUAUCCUUGUCUGGGUCUCAACUUACACGGCAAACCUGGCCGCUUUUCUGACCAGCUCCAAGACGAAUGUCCAAGUGAACAACCUCGAAGACGUACAGGAGGGCGACUAUCGGCUGUACAUCAUGAGGGAUACAGCACUUUAUGAAUAUUUCAAAACAUCUGAUUAUCGUCUCUAUCGUCUCCUCUGGGAGAAAAUGUCAACGGAUAAGACUUUUGUGGACUCGGCGAACGAAGGAUUUGCAGCGGUCCGGAACCAGGAAAGGAAUGUCUACUUGGAAGAAAGCCCUUUUGCCGAAUACCUUGUCAAUCAAAAUCCCUGUGACGUCAUGUCUGCUAAAGACGUGACAGGUUCUAGUAGUUACGGCAUAGCUAUGGCCAAAGACUUUCCUUACAUCAACAACAUUUCCAUUGCCAUCUUGAAAAUGCAAGAAUUGGGACAAAUUGAAGACCUGAAACGAAAAUGGUGGGACGAGCGUAACGAGUGUCCAGAGUUCAAGAAGCUCACAUCUGAAGAGGUGAUCGAGAGCCAGCGCAUUCAGAUUGGUAGCAUGGUUGGCGUGUAUCUGCUUCUGGCUGCAGGAGGCGUCAUCUCAGUUGUCGUCAUAUUCGUCGAGGUUUGGUGGAAAAACAGACGAGACCGAAUCCAUGCCAAAGUACGCCAAGGUUGGGCUGUGGUCAAGGGAGCUAAGACUGUGAUUGGGCUGCAAAAGCAAACAACCAAGGCAGAUGCAAGUACCGUUGUUCAAGCAUUUCAAAUCCCACCCAAACAGCCUUCAACACUUCUUCAACAAAAGCAAACAACCAUGCCAGAUGCAAGGCCCGUUGCUCAAGCAUUUCGAAUCCCACCCAAACAUCCUUCAACAAUACCAGGCAGGGAUCUUGGUAUCAGUAACAAGGCUUGUGACGAUGUUCCCCCUCCCAGCCUAGAUCUAUGGGGAGUGAUUACCAGAAACAAUUCGCGAGCUCAACCCAGUGAGAAACCUGCAAAAAUCAGAGUCGCCAAAGACCUUGGAAUGUACCAGAAGGAAGACCUUGAAAACGGUAAAGAUUUGACUGACAGCGCUCCCGCUAAAAAACCUUCCAACAGCCGGGGGGAAGUCUCCAAUUCGAAAUCAUCAGAAUUCAAAGGAAAGCCUCAGUCGGAUGUAAAAUACGAUGGUUACCCAGACAAAACGACCAGAGGAGAUUUUCCCGCCAAAGGUCCAGUCGAUCUAAAGGCAACGAAAACGAAAUCUCUGAAACCCAAAGAUACCCCGAAAAAUAAAGACCUUGGUAUUUCGACCAGUGACGAAUUGCUCACCACAGAUUCUUCGGUAAAGGCUUCGAAAAAGAAAGCCAAAAGAAAAGUGAAAAAGGAGGGGRAAAACGACUACAAUGCGGACGAGGAGACGAUUUACUAGACUUCAAAGUAUCGCAUCACUUCCUUAAAAACGUUUGAGUUAAAUUGUAAGAAGAUAAAAAUACAAUACAGGUUUUGAUUUUAUCAUUGAAUUUAAUAUGAUAUAAAUGCACUGUUAACCUUGGAUUCCUAUUAUCUCAAAACUAAAUCAUUUCAGUUAUUUUAACCUGAUAAAGUUUUCUGAUAAAGUUUUCUCACCAAAGCAAAAAUGCCAGGAUUCAGUUUAAAGUGAAAUUCCAGAUAUUAUCGCGAAUGAAAUCUAACCGCAUUUUUUUAUUAGAAUCCCAUUGCUUUAUUGCUAAAUAAGUAAGUUAUAAAGAUUUAUUUUUGGAAUGAUUUGGGUUACGUUUCUUUGGAAAAACGACAGCUUUGGUUGAUUCGUGUAAAAAAAAACAGAUUUCACAUACUAUCAGUAGUAUUUAAAAAUACGUUUUUGGGUUAAGAAGCCCGGGCACUCUUAGUUAUUUCUAAACAAAUGUACCACUUUUGUUUUAAUUAAUGUUCACAAUAUUAAAGCUAAAAAAAGGGUUUGCAAAUAAAAAUGAUAUUACAUUUUAACGUCUAACACUUUCAUUUUUACAGUUGACUUUUUAAUUCAACAUUUCAAUCCAUUAAAAUCGUUAAAAUAAUC